AUGACUGUUACCGCCAGUGCCAAUGCCAGUGCCAUCGAUGAUUCGGACAACACGAAGGCUGUAGUAGAACGAAGCGGCGGUGGCGACACUUUGCCAAGCAUGAAGGUGACAUUUAAUUGGUUGAAGCGUAAUCCAGGAGGAGGACUAUUCACCACGAAGAAGCAGGUUUUGGAAGUCCACAAAGGCUAUGAGUUCGUAAUGGGCCUGUUAACCGCACUUCGUGUGGGGGAAACCCCUAUUUAUUCCAGCAAGGGAGAUGAUUGGAAGCUGCGAGACCCUCAAGACAGACUCUCAGACACCAUUGAAUAUGGCUUGAUUGAGGACCAGGCAUAUGGUAAAACGCUCUAUCAAAUGAGGAUACCAGAAGAGCUCUUUGCACUUCCACUGAAGUUGGAGGAAUUUGCGAGAAGGGAUCUCCAUUUCAUAGGACCCGAUGUUGAUAUGCGAUUUACCAAUGGAGAUUACUUGCCAGUGACACCAGUAGGCUACGAUCUCAUUGAAAACUUCGCAAAGGACAAAAAAAGUGUCAUUCUUUUUGGGAAGAGCGGUUGCAGAAAGACAACCGCCAUUUUUGAUGCAGCACAGGUGUAUCCCUGCCUACUCUUCACUGCUUCCUCUUAUGACCGUGACAACGAGCGACGAGCCGAUCCCGGAUCCAAGGAUCUGUCGUUUGAGGCGCUCGAGCAGGAUGUGGCUCGGGCCAUUGAAAAACCCUCUGAUUAUGAGAAGAAGAACGAAACCGACAAACUAAUCCUGGCACUCGUUUUGGCUCGUUUGUUGAUGCUGUUGGUAUUCCAAGAGAAGUGUACAAAAGACACGGCGAAGCAUUGGCUCGUGUACCAGCUGACGGAGCAUAUGCACCAUAUUACACUGAAAUUGUACAAUUCGCUCAAGCAGCGCAGCUCGGAUAAGCUCUCUGCCCUCGAACGAGAAAUAAAUCUGGCAACGGAUGGUGAUUUCUACUUCUAUGCUUUUGAUGAAGCGCAGUUUGGAUAA